UCGUCUUUUCCGAGCAGAGGAGGAGCAGAGCGUAUCUGUGUGCGUAUGAUGUGAGCAUUCAUCAACAGCAAAAUAUAUUACACAUUGCACACAUAAACUUCGUGUACAAGCCAUGGCUGAUUUUGUUGAGAGCGAGGCCGAAGAGUCUGAUGAUGAGGCGGUGACUGGAAAGAACAAAAUAAUUGAUGAUGAUGAUGAGGAAGAGGAAGAAGAUGAUGACGAAAGGCUUCGAGAGGAAAUGAAAGACCUAAUUAAUGACGAAGAGGAAGAAGUAGAUGAUGAUUCUGAUAAUGAAGUGGGCAAAAAAAAGCGCAGGCAUCACGACGAUUUCGAUGACAAUUUGGAAGAUGAAGAUUACGACCUCAUUGAGGAGAAUUUGGGAGUGAAGGUUCAGAGGAAAAAGAAGUUCAAGAGGGUCAGGCGCAUUGCCGACGAAGAGAGUGACAAUGAAGAGAGCAAGGAGAGCAUGAACAGAGAUGCCAUUGCAAAUGAACUUUUUGAAGGAUCAGAUGCUGAUGGGCUGGAGGACGGCGAUAAAGAACGAGGGGAACUGGAGGAUGAGGAGGCCAGAGAAGCGUCCGGCUCGGAUUUGGAAUCUGAUCCAGAUGACUUCAUCGUUGAUGAUGAAGGCCAGCCCAUUACGAAAGGGAAGAAGAAAAGGACUAUCAAAUACAAUGAUGUUGCGCUCCAAGAGGCUCAGGACAUUUUUGGUGUUGACUUUGAUUUUGAAGAAUUUGCUAAGUACCAAGAUGAGUACGAUGAGGACAUGGAAGAAGAGGAGUAUGAGGAUGAGGAGGAGGAAGGGGAGGCUCGACCGCGGCCAAAAAAGACGGCGAGGAAACGUCCCACCAAAAAGAGUAUCUUUGAAGUGUACGAACCCGUUGAACUGGAAAGGGGCCACUUCACAGACCGCGACAACGAAAUCCGAGCGACGGAUAUUCCGGAGAGGUUUCAGCUGAGGGCCGUACCUAUGGGAUCCGCUUCUGAAGAGGAAAUCGCUCGGGAGGCCGAGUGGAUCUACAAGCAGGCCUUCAGCAACCCUACAGUAUCUCUGCAGUCAAGUGGCGCUGAAGAGGGAAGCGGAGGUCCCGCAGCAGAUGCUGGUGGAAGGCACCAGCCAUUGGCAGGGCGCAAGAACGUCACUGCAGUCUCGAAGAUUGCGGAAGCACUUCGCUUCAUGCGGAACCAACUUUUUGAGGUUCCCUUCAUCGCAUUCUACCGAAAAGAAUAUGUGGAACCUGAUCUGAACAUCAAUGAUCUUUGGACUGUUUACAAGUGGGAUGAAAAGUGGUGUCAGCUGCAGACACGGAAGAAGAACUUGCAAAGGUUGUUUACAAAAAUGCAAGAAUACCAGUGUGACCAGAUUCUUCAGGAUGAUCUUGAGAAGCCGCUUCCUGAAAACUUGCGCCCAAUCGACGACUCAGACUUCCAGAGGCUAGACGAAGUGCAGUCGUCGGAGGAGCUGCGGGACGUGUACCUGCACUUCCUGCUGUACUACGCACAGGACAUACCGGAUAUGCAAGAAGCCCAAGCUGCGAAACGAAAAAAGAAAAAGCAGGAAGCUGCUGCAGCUGCAGCUGCAAAUCCAGAUGAGGAAGGGAACCCAGAGAAGGAGGCCGACGAUAAUGACGAUGCGGACGAUGCGGAUGAAACGCGGCUGAAGCAUGCUGUGCGCAAGGACAUGUUUGCUGUGUGCCGGGAAGCUGGACUCGAUGGCUUGGCACGAAAAUUUGGUCUCACGCCCGAGCAGUUUGGUGAAAACCUGCGGGACAACUACCAGCGACAUGAAGUUGACCAGUUUCCUGUUGCACCUCUGGAAGCAGCAGCCGACUUUGUCAGCAAGCGUUUCACAACACCUGAGGAAGCACUUAAGGCGGCACGCUACAUGGUUGCAACGCAGAUCUCAAGGGACCCAGUGGUGCGAAGGUGCAUGCGGGAAACAUUCUUCGAGCGAGCGAAAGUGUGUGUUAGCCCAACAAAAAAGGGCCUCAAGGAAAUUGAUGAGAACCACGCUUGCUACACGAUGAAAUACCUUAGAUACAAGCCGGUGAGAAAUCUGGAAGGAGAGCAGUUCUUAAACUUAUCGUUGGCUGAAAAAGAAGGACUUGUCAAGCUCUCCAUUGUCAUGGACAGCGAUACACAAUCUGGAACCUAUCUUGAUGAAAUCAAGCAGUUGUACUACAAGGACGAAUUCAGCUCUAACGUAUUAGAAUGGAACAACCAACGAAGUGAAGCACUUGGAUAUGCUCUCAACAAAUUUUUGUAUCCAACCUUUGAAAAGGAACUAAAGAUACGUCUUCUUGGAGAAUCUCAGGAGGGUGUCAUUAAGGCAUGCUGUCGUAAAUUGUACAACUGGCUGAAAGUUGCUCCUUAUUCUGUCGACCCGCAAAUGGAGGAGGAUGAAGAUUUCGAUACUAGAGAUGGAAUCAGGGUGUUCUCUAUUGCUUACGAAAAUAACUGGGAGGUCCCAGCUUUUGGGGCACUCAUUGAUGGCACAGGAGAGGUUUCGGAAUAUCUGAGGUUACCACACUUGCUCAAGAGGAAGAAUGCAUGGAAGGAGAGAGAACGUGAGCUCAAGGAACUCGACUUGAAGGUGCUUCGAAAGUUUAUCAUGAACAAGAAACCUCAUGUUAUCUGCUUGGGAGCAGUAUCAAGGGAGGCGCUGCAGAUAAUUGAGGACAUCAAGGCAGUCGUAACAGAUCUUGCUGAGAAUGAACAGAUGCCCUUAAUAGGAGUAGAGCUCGUGGACAAUGACUUGGCUACAGUCUACAUGAACUCAAAGAAGGCUGAGAAUGACUUCAGGGAUUACCCUCCUUUACUUCGGCAAGCAAUAUCCUUAGCAAGAAGACUACAGGACCCUCUUGUGGAGUUUUCCCAACUUUGUACUCCCGACGAGGAAAUAUUUUGCUUGAAAUACCACCCCUUGCAGGACAAUGUUCCGAGGGAUGAGCUAACCAAUGCAUUGAGCCUGGAGUUUGUGAACCGGACCAACGAAGUGGGAGUGGACAUCAAUUUGGCAAUAACACACCCACACACAUCAUUUCUGGUUCAGUUUAUUUGUGGCUUAGGUCCGAGAAAGGGAUAUGCGUUGCUCAAAGUACUAAAGCAGUCUCAUCAGCGCUUGGAGAGUCGUUCUCAACUUGUGACCGUCUGCAAUAUGGGCCCAAAAGUGUUCAUCAACUGUGCUGGCUUCAUAAAGAUAGACACAACAUCGUUCGAAAACAGCACAAAUGCUUACGUGGAGGUGUUGGACGGUUCUCGAGUGCAUCCUGAGGCAUACGAGUGGGCAAGGAAAAUGGCUGUCGACGCCCUUGAAUAUGAUGAUGUUACGGAAGAUGUAAAUCCGGCUGAGGCCCUUGAGGAAAUUUUGGAAAACCCGGAGAAGCUGAAGGACCUUGACCUGGAUGCCUUUGCUGUUGAACUGGAGCGUCAAGGUUACGGAAACAAGAGCAUCACUUUAUACGACAUACGCGCGGAAUUGAAUCAUCGUUACAAGGACCUGCGCACUCCCUUCCGGCCUCCCAGUGCUGAAGAAACAUUCAACAUGCUCACGAAAGAGACUCCACAAACUUUCUACAUUGGAAAAAUGGUUACCUGCCAAGUAAUUGGCAUUGCGCGGAGAAAGCCCAGAGGUCCGCAGCUAGAUCAAGCGAAUCCCAUCCGAAAUGAUGAGACAGGUCUGUGGCAGUGCCCAUUCUGCCUCAAGAACGACUUUCCCGAGCUCAGUGAGGUUUGGAACCACUUUGAUGGUGGGAGCUGUCCGGGGCAGGCUAUGGGUGUCAGAGUGCGCCUGGACAAUGGCGUUAGCGGGUUCAUCCUUACAAAGUUUAUUAGUGACAAGAAAGUCACUAACCCUGAAGAACGAGUGCAGGUGGGGAUGAUACUGCACUGCCGUAUCACAAAGAUCGACAUUGAAAGGUUCACUGUCGAUCUCACCUGCCGUUCAUCAGACCUUGCUGAUGCAAACAAUGAAUGGAGACCGUCCAAAGACCUCUACUACCAUUACGAAGGAGAGGAGAAAGACAAAAAAAUUCAUGAUGACAGCAAGAAGAAGCAGAACAGGCAAACGUAUGUGAAGCGUGUCAUAGUCCAUCCAUCCUUUCACAACAUUUCGUACAAGGAGGCUGAAAAGCUUCUUAGCACCAUGGAUCAGGGGGAAGUCAUCAUAAGGCCAAGCAGCAGGGGUGUAGACCAUCUUACUGUUACGUGGAAGGUGUACGAAGGCAUUUUACAGCAUAUUGAUGUGAAAGAACAGGGCAAGGAGAAUGCUUUCAGCUUGGGAUCGUCUCUUCUUAUCAAUAGUGAGGAAUUUGAAGACCUGGAUGAAAUCAUUGCCCGACACGUUCAGCCAAUGGCUGCUUAUGCACGAGAUCUGGUCAAUUUUCGAUAUUUUCGUGGUGCUGAAGGAGGGAAGCGGGACAUCCUUGAGAAGUUGCUGAGUGAAGAGAAGAAGAAGAACGCAUCGAAGAUCCACUAUUUUGUCUCUGCCUCAAAGGAGUUUCCUGGAAAGUUUCUUCUGUCGUACCUGCCUCGUGUCAAGGCUCGUCACGAAUAUGUCACGGUGACCCCUGACGGCUUCCGGUACCGUCAGCAGAUGUUCCACUCAGUAGGUUCUUUAUUCCGCUGGUUCAAGGAACAUUUCAGGGACCCAAUUCCUGGUACUCCAGCAAGUACAACAAAUGCACGCACACCUAUGGGACAAUCGUCAUUCAUUGGCGCCACACCCAGCAUCAACAUUUCAAACGUGGACCCCCAGACCAUUCAAAGAGCUGCCGCUAAUAUUCCGAAUCACAUGUUUGCAUCGCUGUCUCAAGUGGCAGGCCAAACACCGUCAUUCGCUGGGACAUACGGUGCCUCAUACACCGGCCCAUAUCCAUACCACCAGCAACCAUACACCCCUUCGCAACCUGUGGCCACCCCAAUGGUUACUCCGUCAUACCAUGCUGUGGCCACACCAUCAGCGGUGACCCCACGCUACCCGCAGACACCUCAGGCAACGUGGGCUCAUCCGAGUCAGACUCCACGAGGCGCUCAUACUCCACGCCAUACUCCAGCUGCCGUUCAGUCCAACCCUAUUCCCACAGUGGUCUCAAGCAGCAAGUCCGCUUCAAACCCGUCUGCAGCCGAUUGGAAGCGUAUGGCAGAGCAGUGGGCGAAGCAGAGGCGAGAACAAGACGGACCGAGGACACGUACUCCGCGAACCCCUGUGCAUCCUUCACCGAGCCCCAUGGUCGAAUCAACACCUCAAGGAGAUGCAACACCGCUCAUCGACGAGCAGUAGGGCCGGUAUUCCAACGGAGUGUUUCAUACAUCUGCGUGUCAUUCAUAAACAUUGCUCCACCUCUUCCCAUACUGCUAGUGGAACGUCGGGACGUGCUACACGGAAUGUACUAACGAAUGUACAGUCUUGUAUUGCCAAGGGCACAUACUUUCCUUCCUUCUACAGCCAUUGUGAAUUGUCUCAUGAUCCAAGCAGACACUGUAAAUAUUCCAGGGCCCAUUUGUAAUCCAGAGCGGCACCCCUGAAUAAAGCGAUACUCUGUACAGAA